CAUCUCAAGCGUGUGUGUCUAUAUAGCCGGGUAGCUCUCUUCUUUGCCACACCAACACUUGCGACCUGCGAGCCGUUUGUACGUUGCGGGGUGAGCAGUGGACUAGCAAGCUCAAGCUAGCUGCAGUGGAGGGAGAGAUCGAUCGAGCUAGCGAUAUCACAAUGGGCGCUGCUGCUGCGCUGCUGCUCGUGGCCAUGGCCGUGGCCGCGGUGGCCGGCGCGUCGGCGCAGCUAUUCGACGAGUACUACGACGGCACGUGCCCGGACGUGCACCGGAUCGUGCGGCGCGUGCUGAAGAGGGCGCAUCAGGACGACCCCCGCAUCUUCGCCAGCCUCACCCGCCUCCACUUCCACGACUGCUUCGUCCAGGGUUGCGACGCGUCGAUUCUGCUGGACAACAGCACGAGCAUCGUCUCGGAGAAGUUCGCGGCGCCGAACAACAACUCGGCGCGGGGGUACCCGGUGGUGGACGCCAUCAAAGCGGCGCUGGAGGAGGCGUGCCCCGGCGUCGUCUCCUGCGCCGACAUCCUCGCCAUCGCCGCCAAGAUCUCCGUCGAACUGUCCGGGGGGCCCCGGUGGCGCGUGCCGCUCGGCCGGCGCGACGGCACCACGGCCAACCUCACCGGCGCCGAAGACAAACUCCCGAGCCCCCGCGACAACCUCACUACCCUCCGGCAGAAGUUCGCCGACGUCGGCCUCGACGUCACCGACCUCGUCGCCCUCUCAGGGGCGCACACAUUUGGGCGGGUGCAGUGCCAGUUCGUGACGGACAGGCUGUACAACUUCAGCGGGACGGGGAGGCCGGACCCCACGCUGGACGCCGGCUACCGGGCGCUGCUGGCGAAGAGCUGCCCGCGGCGGGGCGGGAACUCGUCGGCGCUCAACGACCUGGACCCGACCACGCCGGACACCUUCGACAAGAACUACUUCGCCAACAUCGAGGUGAACCGCGGGUUCCUCCAGUCCGACCAGGAGCUGCUGUCGACGCCGGCCGCACCCACGGCGGCGAUCGUCAACCGCUUCGCCAUCAGCCAGAAGGCUUUCUUCAAGAGCUUCGCCAGGUCCAUGGUCAACAUGGGGAACAUCCAGCCGCUGACGGGCAGCCAGGGGGAGGUCCGGAAGAGCUGCAGAACGGUCAAUGGAAGUUAAGGGAGGAAGACCGUAAAGGACUAUUUGGAAAGGUCCCAAUUGCUGUACUGUAUAAUCGCUUUAAUUUAUCAUGCAUCGGUAAAGUUUUAUUUUCAAAGCAAAUACACAAAAGGAUACUCUUUUAAAA